AUCUUCGACCUUAUUCUUGUUGGUAAGUACUUCGGUCUCUGAUACCUUUUCCUUUGUACGCCGAACCCUCCGAUCUGUGGUUCUAUGGUAGAUAACAUGGAUCUUAUGACCUUCCUUGUGAGGCACGAAUGCCGCAAAUUUCUCAGCGGUCACCCGGAGACUGACAGUCCUUCUUUCCGAGCGUCUAACAGAAUCCACCAAUCCAAGAAUACCUUUCGCCGCUGUUCAGCUGAUCUUGUUGAUACCGACUAGUUCUGCUGGCAUGCCAUGAAAUGGGCUUUUUUUUAGAGCAUAAGAAGCGAGUCACCGUGAGUGAGUGCCUUCAUCACUACUUUUCCCCGGCCACGUUCACCAUGCACGGUGGUCAUUACUCUGCCUUUAAUAUCCGGAUUAUUUUGGUUUUGACCCUCGGAAGCCUCACGUACGGCUAUGCUUUCAGUGUUAUCUCCAAUACCUUCGGACAGCCUGGUUUCCUUGAGUACUUCGAUCUCUUUGACAAUGUCUCAUAUGCGAACAAAAUCGAAGGCUCAAUAAGCGGCUUAUUCUCUGCUGGAGGCAUUCUUGGAGCCCUCACAGUUGGUUACAUGUGCGACAAGCACGGUCGCAAGAUUACUAUGAACACCGCUGCUCUGAUUUGCAUCAUUGGCGGAGCCCUUCAAGCAGGCUCAAUUGAUGUCGCCAUGCUUCUCGUAGCACGCUUCAUCACCGGAUGGGGGAUUGGAAUGAUGGUAGUUCUCAUACCUAUUUUCCAGGCAGAGAUAUCGCCUCCCUCCUCCCGAGGUCUCCUUGUCGGCCAACAUGGGGCUUGGAUCGUUCUCGGUUAUGCAAUUGCAAGCUGGGUUGGUGUAGGGACUUUCUAUUCUUCCAAUCUCAGUUUUCAGUGGCGCUUCCCUCUUGCCCUUCAAUGUAUCUUUCCUCUUGGCCUGUUCUGCUGUAGUCCAUGGGUCCCCGAGUCCCCGCGUUGGUUACUCAUGCAAGGGCGCCAUGCAGAAAGUUGGAAUAUUAUCUCUCGCCUUCAUGUCGACGGAAAUAUUGUGGACGCCAACAAGCUUUCAUAUGCCCAAAAAGAAUUCCAUCAGAUGGUAAAACAAGUAGAAAUGGACUCCCAUGCAUGGAUCGCUGGAGGUGGUGCCCGCCAGAUGUAUAGCAAGCCAUCAUACCGUAAAAGGAUGAUGAUUGGGUUCUUCACACAGUAUGCUGCGCAAGCUACCGGUGCAAUGGUUGUCUCAAACUACAUGGUCAAUUUGUAUAAUGACUUGGGCUUUAACGGGGGACUGGUCUUGAUCCUCGGUGCACUAUAUGUCACUGUUGCAACGAUAGCGAAUUUCCUCGCAUCCAUCGUCAUGGAUUACGUCGGACGAGUGCGCCUCCUCAUCAUCGGUAUGAUUGGAUGCAUGGUCACCCUCAGCCUGGAAUGUGCUAUGGAGGCCGAAUACAUGGGCACCAAUAAUCGCACAGGAAAUUCUCUUGGCGUGUUCUUCAUAUUUUGCUUCAUCUUCUUUUAUGCGGGAGGCAUCGAUGCGACUUCAUACGUGUACUGCUCUGAGAUCUUCCCCACACACAUCCGUUCGCAGGGAAUGGCGUUCUCAAUGAUUGGCACGUUCCUUUCGACUGUGGUAUUCCUUGAAGCAGGGCCAACUGCACUCUCCAUCAUCAGAUGGUACUACUACGUGAUGUUUAUCUGCUUGACUGCGGUCCACGUCACAAUUCUAUGGCGAUAUUUUCCCGAGACGAAGGGGCUUUCACUUGAAGAGAUCAACAUGAGGUUUGGGGAUGAGGUAGCGGUUCAUUUCUCAGAAGCAGGAGAUGAUGUCGAGUCGAGAAAUAACGAGUCAAAUACCACUGAAGAGAAGGAAGACAUCUGACAGAGAGAGAGUGCUUCUGGCUAGGUAGUACUGGCAACUUGUACGAAUUAUAGCUGUUCUUUCCAUCACGACCAAGACAUUAACGGAACAACGCAAAUUCGAUCAGGUCGUGCUGUUUUGCUGCGUGCUCCAUACGUCCAGCUCAAAAGGUUUUUUUUCCCUCCAAUGGUGACCGGACACUGGUACUUUGCUGGAAAGUGCGUCCUGAACACCAGCAAAUAAGCGAUAGGCAAGUGGCCUGCAGGGCGUCCGCUGCUGAAGCGCUGAUGGGUCACAGAUUCCUCAGGGCACAAGU